GAGGUGUGCAGUGGCAUGGAAGGGCCAGCGGGGUAUCUGCGGCGGGCCAGUGUGGCCCAACUGACCCAGGAGCUGGGCACUGCCUUCUUCCAGCAGCAGCAGCUGCCAGCUGCUAUGGCAGACACCUUCCUGGAACACCUCUGCCUACUAGACAUUGAUUCCGAGCCCGUGGCUGCUCGCAGUACCAGCAUCAUUGCCACCAUCGGGCCAGCAUCUCGCUCCGUGGAGCGCCUCAAGGAGAUGAUCAAGGCCGGGAUGAACAUUGCGCGACUCAACUUCUCCCACGGCUCCCACGAGUACCAUGCUGAGUCCAUCGCCAACGUCCGGGAGGCGGUGGAGAGCUUUGCAGCUUCCCCACUCAGCUACCGGCCCGUGGCCAUCGCCCUGGACACCAAGGGACCGGAGAUCCGCACUGGGAUCCUGCAGGGGGGUCCAGAGUCGGAAGUGGAGCUGGUGAAGGGCUCCCAGGUGCUGGUGACUGUGGACCCCGCGUUCCGGACGCGGGGGAACGCGAACACCGUGUGGGUGGACUACCCCAAUAUUGUCCGGGUCGUGCCGGUGGGGGGCCGCAUCUACAUUGACGACGGGCUCAUCUCCCUAGUGGUCCAGAAAAUCGGCCCAGAGGGACUGGUGACCCAAGUGGAGAACGGCGGCGUCCUGGGCAGCCGGAAGGGCGUGAACUUGCCAGGGGCCCAGGUGGACUUGCCCGGGCUGUCCGAGCAGGACGUCCGAGACCUGCGCUUCGGGGUGGAGCAUGGGGUGGACAUCGUCUUUGCCUCCUUUGUGCGGAAAGCCAGCGACGUGGCUGCCGUCAGGGCUGCUCUGGGUCCGGAAGGACACGGCAUCAAGAUCAUCAGCAAAAUUGAGAACCACGAAGGCGUGAAGAGGUUUGAUGAAAUCCUGGAGGUGAGCGACGGCAUCAUGGUGGCACGGGGGGACCUAGGCAUCGAGAUCCCAGCAGAGAAGGUUUUCCUGGCUCAGAAGAUGAUGAUUGGGCGCUGCAACUUGGCGGGCAAGCCUGUUGUCUGUGCCACACAGAUGCUGGAGAGCAUGAUUACCAAGCCCCGGCCAACGAGGGCAGAGACAAGCGAUGUCGCCAACGCUGUGCUGGAUGGGGCUGACUGCAUCAUGCUGUCAGGGGAGACUGCCAAGGGCAACUUCCCUGUGGAAGCGGUGAAGAUGCAGCAUGCGAUUGCCCGGGAGGCAGAGGCCGCAGUGUACCACCGGCAGCUGUUUGAGGAGCUACGUCGGGCAGCGCCACUAAGCCGUGAUCCCACUGAGGUCACUGCCAUUGGUGCUGUGGAGGCUGCCUUCAAGUGCUGUGCUGCUGCCAUCAUUGUGCUGACCACAACUGGCCGCUCAGCCCAGCUUCUGUCUCGGUACCGACCUCGGGCAGCAGUCAUUGCUGUCACCCGCUCUGCCCAGGCUGCCCGCCAGGUCCACUUAUGCCGAGGAGUCUUCCCCUUGCUUUACCGUGAACCUCCAGAAGCCAUCUGGGCAGAUGAUGUAGAUCGCCGGGUGCAAUUUGGCAUUGAAAGUGGAAAGCUCCGUGGCUUCCUCCGUGUUGGAGACCUGGUGAUUGUGGUGACAGGCUGGCGACCUGGCUCCGGCUACACCAACAUCAUGCGGGUGCUAAGCAUAUCCUGAGACGCCCCUCCCUCCUCUGGCCCAGCCUACCCCUGUACCCCAUCCCUUCCUCCCCAGUCUACGUUCUCCAGCCCACACCCCUCCAAAGCCCCACCUUUAAGUCCUCUCUUCUCUAUUCCUGACCCUCCCUACCUGAGGCCUAUCUGAGACUAUAACUGUCAUCUAGCCCCAUUCGAGGUUGCCCCUUCCCCAUCUCCAUUUCACACAGGUCCUGAAAGCCUGUGUCCAAUUAUGCACUGGCCACCCAACAGCACCAAUUGUACAUUCCUUGCAUCCAAUCUGCUCAGCAGGCCCUAAGAUGCCUUGAGUCUUUAAUCCCAGUUUGGCUGGUUAAUUCCAUAACCCCAGGCAUCCCAUCCCUUGGGGUGGGGGAGAGGGGAGACAGGGCAAUCUUGUCCACAGUCUCCCAUUCUCAUAUGUAGCCCUCAUGAUAAUCUGGGCAUCUUGUGCCAGGGCAGGCUACCCCUUCAUGGUGACUAACAGUUACAUGAAAGUCCACGCUUUUGGGAAAACUGGGUGGGAUGGAUGCUGGGGAGAAGUGAGGGCUGGGCAGCUGAUUUUGUCACUGUCUUCACAACCUCUGUGCUGGGCUUGUAGACCACUGUCCUGGCUGCUCUCAUGCCUGCCUGAUACCCUGCUUGGUCAAAUCCCCGGCUGCUUCCUUCUGCACCCAGAAAUUCCUUCCCACUCACUUUGUUCCCACACACAAACCAACAGCCAAAAAUGAGUGU